AUGACGGACCAACCCCAACCCCCAUCCGCCUCCUCGACCCCUCCACCGUCCAAAUUCUCCAGAUACCGCUCCGUCAGACAUACGCUGCCACAACCGGAGCAUCCUCCGAAGGAGCAGAAAGACAAUGGCGACAUGCAGCGCACAAAGAGCAUGUCCAGGUACCGUCGGUCCAAGGUCGCUUUUCAAAUCGACGAAAAGGACCAGAGACCUCCUGUACCCGCUCUGCCAAACCAGCAACCAGUACUGUAUACCAAAAAUCCUUCGGGUGGGAGGACAACAACGAGAAGAGUAACUGAACCAUUGAAGGGGCAAAUGCCACGAUCCUCCCCACGCUCCUCGCCCCACCACUCGCCGCGCAAUUCGAAUUCCCAAGCAGAGUUGCAGCUGUUGAUGCAAGCUACACGGCAGAGUCAAACGCGAAGACUGGAGACUGAGAAUGAACGUCUGCGAAGGAAGAUACGGGAGUUUCAAGAAAGGGAGGCGGCGAGAGAAGUAGCACAGCAAAAGGCACAACAAGAGAAAGAGGAACGCGAGCGCGCAUACCAAUUACAAAAAGCCAAUGCCGAACGAGCGCUCCAGAAGAAGAGAAGCCAAACGAACCAGGCAGAGCAAAUCAUACAGAAACAAAAACAUGAAGCGGAACAAGCUCGUCUUGCAGACGUCGAGGCCGCGAGGAUACUCGAGGAGCAGAAGCGCAAGGAUUUGGAGAGGCUUCAGAAGGAAUUGGAUGCUGCUGCGGCUGCCUCACCUCCGUUGCCAUUCAAAAGUCCUAUGCGAGAGAAGUUUGCUUUCUUCUCGAGGAAGGCUGGGUCGAUUAAAGAUACACCUCCACCGACUGCAACUACGGUUGCUUCGGUGGCUCCAUCUCCUGCGCCGUCAAUAGCGCCCAAGGUCAAGGAGGCACCGAAACAGGUUCAGCAACCUUUACAAUCUCGAGCCCCUCAGAGGAUCAAUGAAGCUCCAAAGCCAAUUGAACGGCCUGCGCCAUCUCAAGCGCCCAAGAAAGUGGUGGAAUUACCGCAACAGAUCCAACAAGGUGGAGGUGGAAUUGUUCCUCAAACAGAUGCUCCAAUUUCCGCCUCCAAUGCUGGAGAAAGACGAGUUCUUGUUCGAUGCAAACAAUCUUCCGUCAAUCUUCCAGUGAAUCCCGAAACCACACCAAAGGAGAUUAUUUAUUCUGCCGCUAAUUUCAUGACCCAAAACAUCAUUCCUUCUACAGCUAUCCUGAUCGAAUCAUAUACCCAGCUGGGACUCGAGCGCCGUGUUCGACGCUACGAGCAUGUCAGGGAUGUAAUGAAUUCUUGGGAUCGAGAUACCCAAAACGCUUUCCAUUUGGAGAACUCAGAUACACCAAGAUUCGAUACUGAUCUUGAAUUAGCUGGUGUCCCGAAGCAGGUCCCAUCCGAUGUCACAGUAUAUAUGUAUCAUUCUCAAAAGCCUGACACAUGGAUCAAGCGACACAUCACACUCCUUUCAUCUGGUCAAGUUUUCAUUCACAAAAAGCCCGAUGCGAAAUUGGGUGAUAAAAAUACCAUUGCUAUUUGUCAUUUGUCUGAUUUCGAUAUAUAUACCCCAACUCCUCAACAAUUGAGGAAGACGUUAAAAGCACCCAAAAAGCAUUGCUAUGCAAUCAAAAGUCAGCAAAAAACUGCUGUUUUCCUUAGUACCGAGAACUUCGUCCACUUCUUCAGUACAGACGACGAAUUGCUCGCCGAGAAGUGGUACAAAGCCGUCCAACAAUGGCGCAGCUGGUACCUCGUCAACCGCAUGGGCAGCGGCAAGAAACCCAAGAAACCAAUAGCUGAAAUAAAAGCCACCAACGCAGGCUCACCGCUUCUCUCGGAAAUCCCAGACGAAACUCUCUAUAUGAUCGGUUCUUUCUCCGGCCUAGGCCUCGACGACUUCCGCUCCGGUUCAGAAGAAGACUUCGAUACAGAAGACGAAGAACGUCCCCGUCACGUCCCCUUUCACCUCCGCAACAGCGUCCUUAUCUCCAACGCUGAAGCAAAGAGGGAAGCGAAGCGCCAUCCGCCUAUCGUGUCUUACCGGAUCCCGCAGCGGGAAGAAGAGGAAUUCACUUCCUCCGGUCUCUUAGGUGGUUCGUACACUACUCGUCAACAAAAUUCCAGCAAACCUGCUCCUGCAGCAACAGGUCCUUUCACAGACGGCCCCAACCUCCUUAACCGCGAUACAGCGCGUACGCUCUCUAUCACAAACUCCAACUCGGCAAAUGGAAGCAGGAAUAAACCCAAACCCCUCCUAGACUUCACACCCACCUUCAAGGAAGCGCCGCAAUGGGAUAAAACAGGCAAAGGCCACGGCGUCGCGCCUAUAGCUGGCGUACCGCUCGUGGAGGUUGCUACGACGCCGGAGAAUGCGGCGGCAGACGCGAUGGGGAUGAAGGGGACGGUGUUUAGGAGGGAGACGACGAAGAGGCCGGGGAGUAGUGGCGGUCCGGCGAACGGGCAGAGUGUUAUGAGUAGGGGGCGGGUGAGGUAUGAUUCAUGA